UUGCAUGCUGGGGGCUGUAGUCCAGGCGUCGGGAGUGAACUGGGUUUGGGCGCGGCCUUGGGGCUGUGGCGUUGCUGCGGCGGGCGAUGCUGAGGGCGGGCGGGGCGCCUUGCCCAGAGGAAAGGCUUCGGGGAGGUACGGCUGGCGCUGCCGCGGGCCAUGAGGCCCCUUCGGCUUAGCGUGCCUACCCUCUGGGCUCCACUGGCCGCCGGCCCUCUGCGGGGGCCAGGCCUGCUCACCUCUCCUGUCCCCGUGUGGCGGUCGCAGUGAACGAUGAAGGGGUAUUUGCGAGGCGUCGGUCAGGGAUUAGGGCAGUGGUUUGAUUUAGUUGCCUGUGCCUCCGAGGUGGCGGCGUUGUCAUCUGCAGUGACAUUCCAUCCUGACCGAGGCCUGUGUGUGGCCUAAUGGUGCCAAAGGCCUGUUGGGUGGUGUCAAGACUGAAGGUGGAGAUACCUAAGAAGUAAAGGUGUUCUGAAACGUCAGGUGUCUCUGUCAAAAAUGGCUCAGGCUUGCAAAAUCUAGGGGGGGGGAGAGAUGCAGGUUAGCAAUGGUCCGUAGUGGAAAAAAUGGUGGACUCCACCUGAAGCAGAUUGCAUACUACAAGCGAACAGGGGAGUAUCAUCCCACAACAUUAUCAAGUGAAAGAAGUGGAAUCAGGAGAGCAGCCAAAAAAUUUGUUUUCAAAGAAAAUAAAUUGUUCUAUGUUGGAAAAGACAGAAAACAAAUGCGGCUGGUAAUUGUUUCAGAUGAAGAGAAGAAAAAGGUGCUUGAGAAAUGCCACGAAAAUGCUGCUGGCACUCAUCAUGGCAUAUCAAGGACACUGACUUUAGUGGAAUCUAAUUACUACUGGACCUCUGUAACAAAUGACGUCAAGCAGUGGGUGUAUGCUUGCCAGCAUUGCCAAGUGGCAAAGAAUACAACCACCACCGCACCCAAAACACACCCUAUCAAAGCUGAGGACCCGUGGACAGCAGUCACUAUAGACCUAAUGGGACCUUUUAAUAUUACCAACAGAAGCCACAAGUACAUCAUAGUUAUGACAGAUUUGUUUACAAGGUGGACUGUUAUCUUCCCGCUGCAUGACACUUCAGCAGCUGAAAUUGCUAAAGCAAUCAUAAAUGUGUUUUUCUUAUAUGGGCCACCUCAAAAAAUGCCUAUUGAUCAAGGGAAGGAGCUUGUUUAUCAGAUAAAUGAAGAACUGUUUGCACUGUUUGGAAUGAAACAAAUUGUAUUGUCUUAUCCUCAGACAGAUGAUGUAAAUGAAAGAACGUGCAAGACAAUUAAAGCUUUCCUUGACAAACACUGCACAGACCAUCCAAAUGAUUGGGAUGAGCAUUUGUCUGCUAUUGCCUAUGCUUUCAAUUUGACAAAUUUGGAGCCAGAUCAAAACACCCCAUAUUUCCAAAUGUUUAAUCGCAACCCACAUGUUGAGCCCAUGAAUAUAUGUGUGGAAGGAGGAUGCAGUAUGUUUGCCAAAAUAUUGGAAACAACUAAAAAAGCCAGUCAAGCACUAGAAGAAGAGAAAACCUCAGAUUGCCAGGUGGAGAAAAACACUUCAGAUGAACAAAAAAUCAGAAACAAAAUCACUGUCAGAAAGAAGUCAAAGCAGUUAAAUACUCUUCGACUUAAAGUUGGUCAUGAAGUCCUUAGGCAAAGAAAAAACUGGUGGAAAGAUGGUCGUUUCCAGUCAGAAUGGGUUGGUCCUUGUAUUAUAGAUUAUAUCACAGAUAAUGGCUGUGCAAUAUUAAGAGAUGCCACAGGAUCCAGGUUGAAAAGACCCAUCAAGAUGUCUCACCUCAAGCCAUACAUAAGAUCCAGUGAAAAAGAUAACCAUUACUUUUUACAAGGUGCAGUAGUUGUUGACCAUGACUAUAUCGGCUUAUCUGAAAGAUCCGAUAAUCCAAGCCAAGAAGACUCUGUUGCUGAAGAAGAAAUAAAUGCCUACACGAGCAAUGUCAUGUCUGCUGUACAGAUGCCACCUGCAGCCUGCAAAGACCAAGAAUUGACAGAUGGUAAACCUCAGUCUGAGCUGACAGAAGAUCACUGCAUUGAAUCAAACACUGCAAAGCUGGAGCAAUGGCCUUCACCUUGUUGGACACUUCAGACCAAGACAGAGGAUACUUAAGCAUAGUCUUAUGUCACAUUUCAUUGCCAAACAGUUUGGAACUUCUGUGGCAGACUGAAAAGAAUAUAAUAGCUCUGAAUUCCUUAGCAAAAUCUACUUUACUACUAAAAGCACUGCAGCUGUCCACUGAUUACUUUGUAGGGCAUGAAGAAGGAAUUGCUGUGUUACCAAAAACGUAUGUACAACUUAGUAAAAGCACAUGUUCUACUGCUGUAUGACGUUAAGAACAUUGUACGUGCCCAGUGGUUAGUUUAUGUGGGUGUUGAGAAGCACUCACUCAGUGACCAAAAGUACAGGCCCAGCCUAGCAAAAGCGCAUGUUCCCAUCAUACAUUUGAAUUUCAGAUUUUGUUGGUAGAACUGCAGGGUGGCUGUACCUUACCAUUAUCCUCUCAGGACAUAAUGCAUCAUUUCACUGUAACGACCUUUACAUUAAUCCUUAGAUGACUCAUUCCUACUGUGCAGAGAUACUGUGGGAUGAGUAUAAUCUAAGCAACUUGCUGUGAGUUUUGUCUCCAGAGAAGUUCACGUCCUUCUUUUCCUGUUGCAAAAGUUUUCUGUUCUUUCUGAGAAGCUGCAAACUGACUUUUAUAGCUUUUCAUUUCUAGUCACUUAAUACUCAGAAAGUAUUUUGUUUCUUCUGAAAAUCCAGUCCUACAUACAUACUUUUUCUCCACCGAGACUGUUUCAGAAAGAAGGUUCUGGGCAGUGGUUGUGGAUGCUGGCAUAACAGGCUCCUCCUCUGUACCAGCUCCACAGAGCACUUGGAGAUGAACAAGGUUUGUGUUGGCAUUGACAAACAUACAGAAGCUGAGAAGCCCAUCUUGCUGUUCACUGCUCUUACCCAAAAGCCGUGCUGUCCCCUGGGGGACAGCUGACCUUUAUAGUCAUCAGCCUAGUGUGUCAAGGAAGUAAAGAAAGUGGGCUUGGUGAAAUACAUUUAUCUUGGUUGUUUUUUUUUUUUCUUUUUUAAAAAAAAAGCUAGGAAAUCCUGUCAAACUAGUUAACAGCAGGAAAAAAAAUACCCACAUGUAAAUAUGACAUAAGCUGUACUUGUGAUUAGUGGCCUUACUUUGAUAUGAAUUUUUUCCCAUAGUAAUGAGCACUGUGGUCAUACAGUAUUUCUUCCCUGGAAUAGUAGUUUAAAGAUGAUAAUGUGUUUGGGUGCUGUGUGCCGUGGGCACUGGAGGUUCAUCUCAAAAUAAUGGUGUGGCAGCCGAAAUUGUUCCAAUGCUAAUCCUUAACAGGGGCCCAGGCUCUUGAAGCCAACCCCUCCUCCUCCCCAUGUACCUUUGUUUCUUACACUGCGAUUAUUGACUAAAGUGACACCUUCUGCUAGGAUUCAUUGUUAUAUUGUUAGAUACAUUGUGUGCACGCAUGCAAUAUCUACAUACAUAAUUCGUAAAAAAAUAGUGUCGGGGUAAAAGGGUAAAAUUGGAGAAUAAAGGGAGCUGUCUGCAAGAUUUCUUUGUGCUUCGUUAGGGGCAAAAGGAAACCAGUCCCUUUUUUUUUUUUUUUUUUCCUUUUUUUACUUGAUCAGUAUCUUAUUUCACACA